AUGGACUUUCUGAAAAAGUACGAGUCGUUCAUCUUUAAGAAUGCUUCCCAGGUCUCCAGUAUCGAGAGCACCCUGAGGUCAUUGACCUACAUCCUGCCUGGCCGGUUCGAUGACGCCGAUCUCGCUUCGGAAGCUCUGUUCUCGACACUCAACUUGCUUGGCCUUUACCAUGACACGAUCCUGACCAAGCAUAUCAACAGCCUCCCACCAACACACCGACCCACGCCCUCACCCUUAAAUCGAUACACUCGGGACUGGCAGAGCUCUUCUGUAGCUUACAAGCGGAUCGUCAUGCUAUUGACCAUCAUCCAGUACACGGAAGUGUUGAUUGAGAUGGGUAUCCAGAAGAAGUGGGGUCAGCAAUACAAGUGGCGGGUCAUCACCGCUUUGGAGGCCAUUAAGGCUGCUGGUCGCUUGGGACUGAUGCGACUGACCAACAACAGGAUGCUGAUGCACCCUGUCCAUGUCGAGCGAGACGUCGACCCCGCACAGCUCGCAGAUCUGACAGAGGCCCAGCUCGCCCUCAAAGAGAGUCAUUGGACAGGCGCCAGGACAGGAAGCACGCGUCUGCAGCUGAGUGCAGUCCAGAAGAGCAGCACCGGCAAGGCCGGCAAAACUGACGUGACCGAGUUCUUGCUCAGCAAGGUCCUCACGCCAGAUGUGGUCCGGAGGCCACGGGACCUGGUGGGGAUGUUGAAUGGAUUGGGUGCUGUGGGCGAGUACCUGUUUAUUUUGAGACCUCUGAUCUAUGUGCUGGCGAUGCGCAAGUACGGCCAAAAGUCGUGGUACCCCUGGUUCUUGUCCUUGGCGAUCGAAUUGGUUUCGAGGUCGAGUAUUAAGCAUUACUUGGCGAGCCGUGGUAGUGGACGAGCCGGGUCAGGAACACCGUUGGAGAAGGAUGAGAUGAAGCGACGGCUUUGGUUGUUGCUGUAUUAUGUCCUCCGAAGCCCAUUCUACGACCGAUUCACAAAGGAACGUCUACAUAACUUCUGCGAGUCUGCGAGCAAGAAGCCAUUGAUUUCGCUUGUCGGCGGUAUCGUCCGAGACUACCAGCCCCUCUGGGAGUCCGUUUACUUUUACACUGCGGGAUCGUAA